AUGCGUCAGUCGUCUGUGCCACCGUAUAGGCUGACCGUCGAAGUCUGCGGGUGUCCCAUCUCCAUGGAGCUGGACACAGGGGUCAGUGUGUCAGUGACGGCCGGGAAGGCCUUCAAGCGCACCUUCCCAGGUGUGCCAGCCGAGGCGUCGGGCGUCAUGCUGCGCAGCUACUCUGGACAGCUCGCCCAGGUCGAGGGUCAAGCCCAUGUAAGCGUCCGCCUUGGCGAUAGGAAGGCCACCCUGUCCCUGUACCUGACCAAGGGGCCGUCACCGACGCUGCUGGGCCAGAACUGGAUCCAGGCAUUGGGUGUGUGGCUGCCGGAGUACCAGGAAGUUGUACGUGCGGUGGAAGACGUCCCGAGCCUCCUGACCAAGUUCAAGGCCCUGUUCCAGCCCGGGUCUUCAGAGUGGGCCGCUCCCAUCGUGCCCGUCCUCAAGCAAGACGGCAGUGUAAGGAUCUGCGGGGACUUCAAGGUCACCAUCGACCCCGUCGCUACUGUGGAGAAGUACCCACUGCCACGCAUUGAAGAUCUCUGGUGGGCGCUGUCCGGGGGACAGAAGUUCAUCAAGCUCGACCUCAGAGAUGCGUACAAGCAGCUGGUGCUUCAGGAGUCGUCCCAGAACGCUGAGUACCUAGGCGAUGUCAUUUCUAAGGCAGGCCUGGCCCUGGCACCUCGCAAGGUUGAAGCGGUGCUCAAGGCGCCCAAGCCCCAGAACAAGAAAGAGCUGCAGAGCUACCUCGGCCUCAUCAACUUCUACAGGACCUUCCUGCCGAACCUGUCAUCGCAUCUGCAGCCACUCCACCUUCUGCUUCGAGAUGGACAGCAGUGGGCCUGGAGGGAGGAACAGAACUUGGCAUUUCAGUGCAGCAAGGAGCUUAUCACCAAAGCUCCAGUGCUGGUGCACUUUGAUCCGGCCAAGCCUGCCGUCCUGAUGGUGGAUGCGUCACCGUAUGGUGUGGGAGCCGUCCUGACCCACCGGCAGAAGAAUGGCCAGGAAUGCCCCAUAUCGUUCGCGUCCCGUCGGCUCCAUGCUGCAGAACAAUAA